AUGGACGUUUCUUUCGAACCCACGAUGGCUGGUGGAGGUUGGGGAGCUGAUGUCGGUAACGUGUCGAUGACCCAAGCACCGGCUGCUUCAUCUGGACAGUUUGAGAAGAUUCCGUUGCCAGUUUUGUUAAAGGAUGCUUCUAAUUGUAUGUCUGAUGACGAUAAGUAUCAUGUUGGGUCUUAUGGCUUUGUGAAUGUAAGUUUGAAAGACUAACAAGUUGUUUUGUCAAGUAAGUUUCUGUUUAACUUUUAUAUUUUUAGAUUAAAGUGAUUGGAAGGAUCGAAAGCAUUGAGGAAACAUCAACAGCUGAGCGAUGGAUUAUAUUAACUGAUGUCAAGGAUGAAAGUGUCAAGCUGAAGGUGUCUUUGUACGAUGCUGUUCAGGUAAUUUCUCUGAUUUGUAUAUUGAUGUUUAAAUACUUAUUUUAAUCGAAGAACUUGUUUAUUAAUAUUGUUUUAGAGCAAAACGGAGCCUUAUGCUGAAGGGGAUAUUGUUCUAAUCUUGGGGAAGAUCAGAUUGUUUGACAACGAGAUCAGCAUGUUGGCUUUCCAUCUUCAGGUGGUCAAAGACAUGAAAAGAGUAGAAUGUUUCUUGGCGGAAGCUGCUUUGGCUUACGGAUAUUUUAACCAGGUAUUUUUUAUUUUUGGUUAUCAGUUUUUAGAUGAUUUUAUAUUAGCCAUAAAGUAUAUGUAGUGAUUUCUUUUGGAUAUUUUUUGCAUGUUCUUAUGAUUCUACUGGUAAUCAAUAAGUCUUAUUUAUUAUUUCAUCUUUACGCUUUAUAAUAAAUUUAUGAUUUUUAGAAUUUGCCAGAACGAAUUUCCAAUGACAUUGCUGUAGAAUUAAAUGGCACCAUCUUCAGUAAUGCACCUGUAGAAACGAAAGGCAAACAAUCACAAGUUACGGCAAAGGCUGGAUCAAGCUCUGGAGCCGAUACAACUCUCAAUUCUCGAGGUUUGGCUGGCGUUCAAGCAAAGGUAAGUUCAAAUAUUAUGGUACAAUGUGGUAAUAACAAUAUAUUACUAAACCGUGUUUGCUUUUUAUGUUUAUAUUUAUUUUGUUUUAGAUUCACAGUGUUAUCAGUAAACUGGGCGGUGACAGUGGUGUCCACCUUGACGAGGUCAAGAAGCACGUUGGGAACGUUCCUAAAUUCGACGACGAGAUUCAACAUCUUGUGAACGAAGGCGUCAUCUACUCUACCAUUGACGACUUUCACUACAGUGCAUUGUAA